AAAAGAGUUUCUUACUAAGAGACCUUUUGUUUCUUUGUAUGUAUGUAUAUUAACUAAGAAGAAAGAAAAGAAAAGAAAAGAAAAGAAAAGAAAAUUUUGGGUUUGGUGGAAAUAUGGCAGGGGGAGGAGUGGUGAGUCAUGGAGGUUCAGGGGAGUAUGAAGGUCGGGUCACCGGCUUUGUGGUGAUAACCUGUUUGGUUGCGGCCACAGGCGGUCUCAUCUUCGGUUAUGACAUUGGUAUUUCAGGAGGAGUAACAUCCAUGGAUCAGUUCUUGCAGAAGUUUUUUCCAGAUGUAUAUGAGAAGGAGAAGAACGCAAUUGCUGGGAAUCAGUACUGCAAAUUCAACAGCCAUUUGUUGACACUGUUCACAUCGUCGCUUUAUCUAGCGGCGUUGAUCGCUUCCUUCUUUGCUGCUGCAACAACGAGGGCGUUCGGAAGGAAAAUCUCUAUGGUUGUUGGAGGUACCAUUUUCCUAAUUGGCGCCAUCCUAAAUGGCGCUGCUCAAAACGUCCUAAUGCUUAUCAUUGGUCGUUUGUUGCUUGGUGUUGGCAUUGGAUAUGCUAAUCAGUCUGUACCGGUUUACCUGGCCGAAAUGGCACCGGCCAAGAUCAGAGGAGCCCUCAACAUCGGCUUCCAAAUGGCGACAACGAUCGGAAUUUCCGCCGCAAACCUAGUUAACUAUGGCACCGGCCAAAUGAAGGGCGAUUACGGGUGGCGAAUCUCCCUUGGUCUCGCUGCUGUCCCCGCCAUUAUUAUGACAGUUGGUGCCAUCUUCCUACCCGACACCCCCAACUCCCUGAUCGAGCGCGGCCAGACCCACCAGGCCCGUGAAAUGUUACAAAAAAUCCGAGGAGUCGAUGACGUCAAUGCCGAGUUCCAAGACCUCAUCGAUGCGAGCGAGGCCUCAAGGCAAAUAGAGCAUCCGUGGCGGAACAUUAUGGAGCUCAAAUACAGGCCUCACCUUGUCAUCGUCUGUUUCAUUCCCUUCUUUCAACAGCUCACCGGCAUUAAUGUCAUCAUGUUCUAUGCACCUGUGCUUUUCAAGACUCUAGGGUUUGGAGACAAUGCUUCAUUGAUGAGUGCUGUGAUUACUGGCCUUGUUAAUGUGGUUGCUACUUUGGUCUCAGUGUUCACUGUUGAUAAGUUUGGGAGACGGUUUUUGUUCUUGCAAGGUGGCAUUCAAAUGAUCAUUUGCCAGAUUGCAGUGGGAUGCAUUGUUGGGUCCGUGUUUGGAGUAAAGGGAGAAGGAACCUUCUCCAAAGGCAUGGGUGACAUCGCAUUGACAUUUAUUUGCUUAUACGUAGCUGCCUUCGCAUGGUCUUGGGGUCCAUUGGGUUGGUUGGUGCCCAGUGAAAUCUUCCCGUUGGAGAUCCGAUCUGCAGGACAAUCGAUCAAUGUCUCCGUCAACAUGUUCUUCACUUUCAUCAUUGGCCAAGCCUUUCUCUCCAUGCUCUGCCAAAUGAAAUUUGGACUCUUCUUCUUCUUCGCUGGAUUCGUGCUCAUAAUGACACUUUUUGUCUACUUUUUGUUGCCAGAGACAAAGAAUGUGCCAAUCGAAGAGAUGAAUAGAGUGUGGAAGGCACAUUGGUUCUGGGGGAAGUACAUCCCGGACGAUGCCGUUGGUGUUCAUGCGUCCACCAGCUACAUCAAAAGUGUAUGACUCUCAUUCUGAGUCUUAAGUAUAUAUAUAUGCUAGCAGGUGGAUGCAAA